AUGUAUUGCUACAGGGUGGUUGCAGUCGGAAUAUGUCUUUCUGUCAUUGUUUCACUACACGAAAUUGCAGAAAGAACAAAUACGUCUAAAAGUUGGAUAGACAAUACUUUACUCGUACAAAAGGUUUUUCAUGACAAUAAAACACGUUUUUCUGGAAACCAUGACGUCAUCCAUGACACAAAGUCGAAGCCUUCACCAGUCACUCAUAUUGGAUUUUUGAAAGUGCACAAAGCGGCGAGCACAACAACACAAGCAAUCUUUUUGCGUUUUGGUUGGCGUCGAAAUUUAACAUUCGUGCUUUCCCCGGAAUAUAACAAAUUUGGAUACCCAAAUAUCAUAAGUACAAACGAGUCAAUUACAAAAUAUAAUACUCUACCUCCUCCGCCGGGAAAAACUUUUGAUAUCUUAUGCAACCAUGUUGUCUAUGGAGAUAAGGAAUGGUCUACAGUUUUGCCCUCAGACACGGUUAUGAUUGGAACAAUCCGCGAACCAUUCGGGCAUUUCAAAUCUGUUUUAAACUAUUUCAAUCCAAGAAAAAUAAUAUUCAUCAAAACUAGCAUAGAUCCUACAGAUCCUGUUGGAACCUUUUUGAAAAAUCCAAGAAAAUAUGAAGGAGCUAAAGUAGUUCGACAUUCGUUCACAAACAAUCGUCUCGCCUUUGAAUAUGGCGUUGCUCCGGAAAUCAUAAUCAACAAAGACUUUGCUGCGUUUGACAAAUAUCUAACUGAAGUUUUAGACAAAAAGUUUAAAUUGGUCCUUCUUGCCGAACAGUAUGACGAGUCGUUGGUUUUAAUGAAACGUAAAUUGAACUGGUCACUUAAAGAUAUAAUGUACGCUAUGAAAAAUGUAAGGAGUGUAAAUAAGGAGGAUAGGUUCGUUUUUAAGAAAGAACAUAGAGUUCUGCAUAGAAAUUAUUCUAUAUUUGAUUAUUUAUUGUUUGAAUUCUUUGAAAACCGAUUGAACAAGCAAAAAGAAGCAGAAGGGUAUGAUUUUCAAGAAGAAGUAGAUAACUUUAGACAAAUUCGAAAGUUUGUAGAAAAUUUCUGUCACAUAGUACCAAAAUAUAUAAAAGCAGUAAGAAUUGACAAAAGUAGAUGGACAGAAAGUUUUGACAUCACACGUAGUGACUGUGAACUAAUGCAUCAGGGUGAAAUCUCGUUUGUUCAAAUGAUCAGGAAAAGACAGUACGGUUUUGCCACUUGGAAAGGGGUCAAACCAGAUUUAAAACAAAUCUAA